UCGCACGGUCGCCCUCGCGACUAACUCGAUCGCGGCGGGCCGUCGUCGUCCGUCCCCAUCCGUAUCCCGAUCGUCCUACCUCUCGCUCAAUUCCGCCACCGCCACCGCCGUCUACUCGACCCGAGAACCCCCCGACGGGCCUGGACCGUUAGACGUGGAAGGGAAAACGGUGAGGGCGAGCCACGCGUGUCCUUCCCGUGGUGUGUCAUGGGGUGUUUCGGCAGCCAGAACAAGGACAGCCAGGAUGAAAGCAAAAAUCAGAAGAGACGAUCCGACGCCAUCACCAGACAGCUGCAGAAGGACAAACAGGUCUAUCGGGCCACCCACAGGCUACUCCUGCUCGGAGCGGGAGAGUCCGGCAAAAGCACGAUCGUCAAACAGAUGAGGAUACUGCACGUCAAUGGUUUCAGCGAAGCGGAAAAGCGGCAGAAGAUUGAAGAUAUUAAGAAGAAUAUUAGGGACGCUAUUUUGACGAUAACCAGUGCGAUGAGUACGUUAACGCCGCCCGUUACACUGGGGGAUCCGUCAAACCAGAGUAGAAUGGACUACGUCCUGGAAGUCUCGUCUUCCCCAGACUUCGAUUAUCCUCCGGAAUUUUACGAAAUCGUUGAAACACUUUGGAAAGAUCGAGGCGUUCAGCAAAGCUUCGAGAGGAGUAACGAGUAUCAACUCAUCGACUGCGCCAAAUAUUUUCUAGAUAAGGUAGCCAUUGUAAAACAGCCGGAUUACACGCCCACGGAGCAGGACAUCCUCAGGUGUCGAGUCCUUACAUCCGGCAUUUUUGAGACGCGGUUUCAGGUCGACAAAGUAAACUUUCAUAUGUUCGACGUCGGUGGUCAGCGUGAUGAAAGAAGAAAAUGGAUACAGUGUUUCAAUGACGUUACGGCGAUUAUAUUCGUCACGGCGUGUAGUAGUUACAAUAUGGUACUCAGGGAAGAUCCUACAAAGUUGAGACUCAGGGAGAGUCUCGAUCUCUUCAAAAGUAUCUGGAACAAUCGAUGGCUCCGCACGAUCUCGGUGAUCCUGUUCCUAAACAAGCAAGAUCUAUUAGCGGAAAAGGUAAAGGCGGGCAAGCACAAAUUGGAGGAUUACUUCCCGGAAUUCGCGCGCUAUCAGACACCGGUCGAGCCCGGGAUGGCCGCGGAUCCUUCGGAAAUACCCGACGUCAUAAGGGCCAAGUACUUUAUCAGAGACGAAUUUCUCCGCAUAAGUACAGCGAGCGGCGACGGCAAGCACUACUGUUACCCGCACUUCACGUGCGCCGUCGACACGGAGAACAUCAAGAGAGUGUUCAAUGAUUGCCGAGACAUUAUCCAGCGGAUGCAUCUGCGCCAAUAUGAGCUCUUGUGACUUCGUUCCUGCCGACAUCUCCUGUCAUCAUUCGUUAAUCUGACGGACGGUCACGCUCGUGCUUCUACUCCUCGAGUCGUUACAAUCACACUGCGAACCGAAUGAGCGAGCGAGCUGUGAACCGUGAACUGUGAACUGUGAACCGUGGCCGCGAGGAUUCGCGAAAGUUCCACACGUCUGGAUGUAUUCAGGUAACGCGUAGGGCUUCCUCGCUAGUCCAGUACCGAAAAGCCGUAACCAGAAGGUGACGACCUGUGAAAGUGACUCUUCUCCUCAUCGACGAGAGAUUUAGAGGAACAGAGACGAGAGUCAAUAAUAUAUACGGCGAUACAUACCGCUGCGAGCAACUCUUCGCUGCGUCAUCUGUCUGUCUGUUUGUCUGUCUGUCUGUCGCGUAGUAGCGAAGCGAGUUCCUUCUCGCGCGGAAUAUAUAAAUUCGCGCCAAACCGCGAGCGAGGCAUGACGCGAGAUGACCGCGCGUCGACACGUCACGGCCCCGCACCGUGUCCUAGUACCGAGUGAGUUGCAGUUGGACGAAAACGAAUGAGCGGGCCCCUCCAAGCGGGCAUAUUCUCGACUCUUCUUUGAGUUAGAUGAAAAAGAGUGUGCUGAACACCCGUCGUCGCCCAUCCCCGAACGAUGGCGGGGACGAAACUCUCUCGUGCCGUUCGAUCGUGCGUGUGAACCAUUACCUCGUUAAUUUUAUUCCUCUCGCAUGUGAUUCCGCUUUGUGGCGGAACGCGUGAAUCCUGUCAUAAGCGUGGGCCAACGUCGUCGUCGGAUGUAAUUCGAGGGACGGAUCCUCUUCGUUCAACACACUCUUGACGUGAAUUAUCGUUCAGAUUAGAGUUAAGGAUGUUUCCUAAGACUUAAGCGAACCUCUCCGGUAAAAAGAAGAAAAAAGAAAAAAGAAAAAAGAAUGAA